CGCAUGCGCGGCCCCUAGCUUCUGCUUGUGAAGAGAUACACAGCGGAAAAGUUGGGCGGAAAGUUUAGCAGCCAACAUGUCGGCGACAGCGAACGUGUCCGCUAUGAAGAAGGUGGUGCAGCAGCUGCGGGUGGAGGCCGGCAUCAACCGGGUGAAGGUUUCUCAGGCGGCCGCUGAUCUGAAGCAGUUCUGUAUGCAGAACGCACAACACGAUCCCUUACUAACUGGAAUCUCUUCGAGCACAAAUCCUUUCCGACCUCCGAAAGUUUGCUCUUUUCUGUAAAUUUUUAUUUUAUUUUUUCCCGAUGAUUUAAUUAACUUUUAGCUGGAUGACCAUUCGCUCGACGUAACUCUACAAAGCUGACCCAUGGGAUGUGCCAAGUUUUCUACUGUACAUGUCCAGCACCGAAAAUGUAACAUCUACCUCUCCGUUGUGAGCUACUUGCAGUGAUUUGCGUUUCUUAUCAUUUUAACAGAAAAAAAUCAGUUUUCUACACUGGUGACUAAUCACAAUAAAUGUUUCCUUUUAUAUUUGCCUGGGUUUACGUAGCGCCUUUUUGGUCGACUUUUAGAAUCCAUGUUAUGUCUGCAUCUCUCGCAGUUCAACUGAUCUGACCUCUGCUGGCUGUGCUGAUUUACGCUUGAUUCAGGUGGAUUUCGGGAGGCCUGUCUGAAUAAGGGCUACGACCACACAAUGCGUGCUCAUGGGGCGUUCAGGAUGCGGCCGUGCUGCUGUUAAGUAGGGCCACAGCUGAACUAAUGAAGACCUCCCUGCAUAGCCGGUCUGCAUUGUUAAUGGCCGCAUGGCACCUUCAAUACCGCACGACUAGUAACAAUACAGACCCACUGAACAGUGCGGUCUCAUUAGCUUAAUUAGACCCGUACAACCGCAGCCGUGGUCGACCACAGCAUGGCUGCACCGCGUGGUCGUAGACUUAAUCUACCAUGACUAGAGAAAUUAAAGAACCAUUUUAAUGUGAUUUGAAAUCUUAAAUCUAGAAGGGAAGCAAAAUAAUAAAAAAAAAAUCUAGGUUUCUGUAAUGAUGACCUUGAUUUGAAAUAUUAGAUAGCGGAUGCACAUAAUAAAAUAUCUCCUUUUAUAGAGGCUGUAGGAAAGUUUUUAAAAAGUAGGGUUUAGCCCUUACAUGGCUUCCCUGUAAUUUGGUGUCCUACCAGGCAGUGCUAUCGGGGGACAGUUCUGUAUCGGUUUUCUCAGAGCUUACACAAAUAUAUAUAUAUAUAUAUAUUAAUCUCAUUGUAACCAGCAAAAAAAAAAAAAAACUUCAGUAAAACAUAACUGUUUGUGGCAAAUUGUCCCGGAAGUCUACAUUUUAUGUUGAUGCAGAGUAUUUGUGGAUUUUUAACAUGUGAAAUGUUUCUACGCUCAAAGAAAGUAAUUAAAAUGUCUAACCACA